GGAAGUGACUCAGAGAGCCUGUGGUCCGCCAACGACAGCCCUGUCUCCCGUUCCACCUCCCUCUCAGGCCCUCCAGGCUCUGAGGGUCUGUCCCUCCACAGGCAGCUGCUGGCCAGUCGCCCAGGGGCCAUGCCGCUCACCGGUCAGCAUCACCGCCGGCAGUUGGCUCCCUGGAGACCGUCAGUUAAACCGACAAAGCCUCUGUCAGACUCCGCAGGGCGUCGCGCCAUCUGCCGCUCCAGGCUCAGCCAGGAGAGCAGUUCCUGGAACGUUCGGGCUCAGGGAGGCGGCCAACAGUCACAGGGUCGGCCCCGCAGGGACAGGGCGUAUACACGGGUUGCCCUGGGCCUGCAGACGCGCAGGUCCCUUGCUGCUGGCGGUGGCCAGAGGAGGAGCCCCAGAGCAGAAGGAGGCCGCUGGAGUGGCUGGCUGCUGACCCGCUCCUGGGGACGAGGACGGGAGGCCAGCCCCCUCCCCCGCACCCCCCCCCCAGCUCGGCCAGGCCAGGACAGAGCCCCAGCUCACCAGCUGCCGCAGGGACACGGCCACACCCGGGGCCACACCCGGAGCCGGAGCCGGAGCCGGAGCCAGAGCCCGAGCCCGGCUGAGCAGCCGGGCUGA